AUGCCACCCAAAAAGUCUGUAUUAGGACCUGAUGUCACUAAACAGAGAAAGUUUAAACCCCCACUUCUUGCCCCGCCGCCGCCGCCGCCGCCAUCGCCGCCAGCAGCAGCAGCUUCCUCUGACGAUGAGACUACUGGCUCCCAGGAACCGUCACAGUCACAGCAGGGAGAAGAUGAGAUUGCAACUCUAAGUAAGAUCUUAGAGAGUAUGAUGCAAGCUUCGAAAGACCGCCGAGCUCGCCGCCGUACGGAAAUAGAAGACGCAUAUGAAGUGGAUUUUGAGGCUUCUGAAAAGAAGGCAAGGCAAUGGAUUCAACUGGUUGCGGCUCGGGAGAAGCGUCGUCAACUUAUGGUAUUGAAAAGACUUAAAUCUCUAUUGGAAAAGAAGAGAGCAGUUGAGAACGACAUAAUUACUGCACUAGAGGCGCUGAAUAACGCUUGUGGAGACCUUGGAGAUACGUUGAAAGCAGUUAUUACAAAUCAUGGAGAGGCUGGACGUGAUGAACCAAACUAA